AUGAAUAAUCAAACAGUAACCAUUAGGACGUCAGAAGAAGUAUUAAAAAAAUUGGUUGAACAACAACAGGGUCUUGUUGAUGAUUUAAAAAAUGUUAUAAGAAGUAUCAAUGAUUUGUCAAAUGAUGUGGCUAAUGGAUUAAAAUCAAUCUUAAUUAUUCUUGUUAUUAUUAUUAUUGCCAUUCUAUUUGAAGAAAUUGUUAGGGUAUGUAUUUAUGCAAGAAAUAGAAAAAGAAAAAAAACAUUAAUGAGACAACAGUCUGUUUUAGAUACAAUAUCAUCAAUAACAUCUACAACAUCUUUAAAAAAUUUAGAUACCCCAGAAACACGUUUUAAAUGGAAUAUAAAAAAAGAAGUAAAUUCAAUAAAAUCCAAGUCUAAAGAUUCUAAAAAUGGAGAGAAGGAUGUAAUACAACAAACUGGAAAAAGUAAAGAUUUAAAGAAAGAUAUAACUAUUAAUAAAGGAAAUAUUAAUAAUUCAACUACUUCUACAACUGAGUAUAAAAUUAAAAGAAAAUCAGAUAUUGAUAGUAAAAGUAUAUCUUCAAAAACAGAAAAUGCACCAAAAGAAGUUAAUUUUUUUGCACCACCUAAAGUAUCUGAUUCAUCACAAGCUGAUACAAGAAUUACUUUAUCAUCAGAUCCUUCAAUUCCACCACAUUUAGAUACCAAAAAUCGGUUUCAAUAUGGUAAUAAACAGGUUGUUGAUUCCCUAUUAAUUUCACGAAGUCCUAAUGAAGAAAUGUACCCAUCUGUUACCUCAACAACUUCCUAUGCUAGUCAUAAAAAUUAA